UUCACUUUGUUGGCUUCCUUGUUACUGUUGGUUAUGACCGUUGCGAGUCUUCAAUUUGUUUUUGGUGGUUAUUUUUGGGGUAAAUUAUACCUGUGGUUGGUUUUGAACUUGUCAUCCACAACUUCCUGUUGCUUUUUCUGAUUUCUUUUUCUUUUUUUUGGUUUGGGUAACUUCUUUAAAAUCCACAUGUCUUGUUGUCUUAUCCACUUGUAGAUUCCUAUCAUAUGGGUGGUCCAUCUUUGUCAUGUGCAAAGUUUAGAUAAAAAACAAAUAUUGUCGAAUAUGAUCAUGGGAUUGUGGAAUAUAUCUCAUUCAUGUAGGAAGCUUGUUUUUAAGGAUUUUUACGAAGACACUCAUUCUAACAUGAAAUAAUAUGCAAAAGUCCUUAUAAAAUUUAUUUGGAGAUUUUUAAAAUUUUAAAAAUUAGCCGCUUGUUAUUUAUUCGUUUCUUUUUUAAAAUUGAAAUAGUAAAUUUAUUCUUUUGGUUUAUGAUCUUGACAAAUAAGGUUUCGAAAUGGUAUAUUGUUUAAUUUUUGUCCGUUUUCUAUUUGGAAAAUAUCCUACGAUGGUUGCUUGCAAUAUAUUCCAAAAAAAAAAAGAAAAAAAAAAGAGUUGAAUUAGACACAACCCCAAAAGCAGUUGCCUCAAUUUUAGUAAUAAAGAUCACGUGUACCAAGCACCAGCUUUAUAUAGUAAGUUCAGUUCAUGUUUAUCUGCCACCUGGCAUUUUACUUGUCAAACUUUCUCUCGCUCCAAUCGCCUUUGUCUGUUUUUUGUGGGAACUUGCCACUCCUCCGAACACUCUCGUGUUCACGUGUCCACUCCAGGGCCCCACCUGCCCCCCAAUCCCUAAUUUAUAAAAUCCCCCUCUCCCUCAUUCUCAGAAACACCACUCAAAUAUACAGCUCAGCUCACUCUCAUGGUCAUGGACAUGAUCUUCGCUCAGGUUUCUGACUCGGCCGACCAGCCCAGGUCGAGUUCGUCAUCCGACGCAAGCGUGAGCACCUUACGCACUUCGGACGUCAUACUGGCGUCGAGCAGUCCGAAGAAGCGCGCGGGAAGGAAGGUUUUCAAAGAGACGAGGCACCCGGUUUAUAGGGGUGUGAGGAGGAGAGACAACAACAAGUGGGUGUGUGAGUUGAGACAGCCCAACAAGAAGAAGUCCGGGAUUUGGCUCGGGACCUAUCCUACGGCUGAGAUGGCUGCUCGUGCCCAUGACGUGGCGGCAUUGGCUUUUAAAGGGAAGCUUGCCUGCCUCAACUUUGCUGACUCGGGUUGGCGGCUGCCGGUCGCGGCAUCCAUGGAUUCCAUGGAUAUCCAGAGGGCAGCUGCGGAGGCCGCUGAAGGGUUCAGACCGGUGGAGUUCGGUGGGGUUUCCAGCGGCAGCAGUGAUGAGAAGGAGAGAAUGGUUGUGGUGGAAGAGAAGAAGAAGAAGCAGGCUAUUGUGGAUAUGGGAAAAAGCUGCAGCAGAUUAAACUUGUUUUAUUUGGAUGAGGAGGAAAUGUUUGAUAUGCCAAGGUUGAUUGACAACAUGGCUGAAGGGCUUCUUCUUUCUCCACCCCAAUGCUUAGCUGGCUAUUUGAAUUGGGAUGACAUGGAAACUGAAGCUGAUUCCAAGUUGUGGAGUUUCUCUAUCUGAUUGAUGUUUUUGUUUUAGUCAAUCUGUCUCUGGUUUUUGGUGUGUCUUUUGUUGGAUUCAUAUGUAUUUAUUUGUUCAUGAGUGAGUCGAACAUAAAGAUUUUUCGAUUUUUCGAUUUUUAUUUUUGGAAAUAUUUGUGUGUUUAGACUGGUACUGUGCUCCGUCUAGUCUCUAGAUAUAGAUAUUUUAGGUGUGUUAUAGAUAUUUUUGGUAUGAAAUAUAUUUAGGUGUACAAAAGUUUACCUAAUUUGGAAUUAUUGAAUAUAAAUAGAAAGCAUCUAAUGUUUGAUGA